AUGGUAGUCGAUGAAGUCACUUGGGGCGGGUCCACGCCAAACCUCGGACAUUGCUUAACUCAACAUCGCCACGUGUCGUUCAGUAAAGCGCCUGUUGUAGAAGAUGUUGUAGCUGCUUCACAGGACGUAUUUUUUGGGGUGGAACAAGAAGUUCCACAAGGAAAUGUGUACGAACGCCGCGAGUUCUACGUGGAAGAGACCCGCACUCAAAGGCAACAGUCUCCCCCUCUCCCCGCGACACUGCACGAUUGCAUCGAAAGAGGAGUACUGAAUUUGGAUAAGGCCGCGAAAGAGUUCGUUCGAUCGGAGAUGGCAGCGAAAGCAACACCCACGUACGGGAGCUUAAACCAACUCGUCGGACCGGACAUAAAUUUCUUAUGGAGUAUAGUCAACAGACUGACGGCUGAAGUAGGACGCGCAAUCACCUCGAAAUGUGUGCGCAUCGUUAAUGUGACUGAAUUGACAACGGCGCCAACUAUACAAACAUCUGUUUCAAUCCUCAAUUGCACCAGGUCAUGGAAUCUCGAUGUGGAACCGCCAUUUGUCAAGAAAAACCUCGGGAUAUUGGGCGCGCGAUGGGAGCCACGCGCAAAGGAUCCACCUUACCAGCAGUUAUGUUCUUUUUACCGUCAUCUACUAACGCGCAUAACGGAUCCGCCAGAAAAAAUAAAGGAGUACUCCAUUCGACUUCACAGCAGGAACGGAAGAGACGACAAAUUGAAAAUUUUACCGGAACCUGUAGAAAACAUUUUGCAAGAUAUGGCAGAGAACAUGCUCGGUUACGGGCAAGAUGAACGCAAAGUAUGGCUUGAUCAAGAUCUCAGUAACUCCACUUUCUACAAGAGCCUUGGAGCGAACGAAGAGGAACGUAGAGCGAAUUUGGAGGAUUUGAGGAACGAACGUGCAGAGUGGCGCCCGCAGAUAUUCAAAGCACUUCAACUUGCAUUGCGCGACGUUCGCGCCUACAAAUACGAAGCCGGCAAGUGGAUUCCCAAUCAGGUAUGCUUUUGA